AUACCAGUUACAUUACCUUUAUUAAUAUCACCGAUUGAAAUUUAUAAAAUAGCCAGUUGAAGAGUGAUAUCCAGAAUGCAGGUUGUCGGAGAACCAGUGCAGCAGUAUGGAAAUCGGAGCCGCCAGGCGGAGAGCAUUCCGUUGGGAAGAUAUGAAGCCUACGGAUCGGAGACGGAACCAGAGGGUCAGGACAAGGAUUUGGAGUUCUGCAACAGCAGCAUCCGCCGUGGGUUCAUUCGGAAGGUGUACCUCAUUCUGCUGCUGCAAAUGAUUACGUCGCUGGUGGUGAUCACGGCCCUUACAAUAGACAAGCAGGUGCGAUUGGGGGUGGCUAAGAGCACUUGGAUGUUCCUUUUGGCCCUGUUUACGGUCGUGGCUAUACUGGUCACCUUGGCCUGUAACGAGAACCUCCGUCGUCGAUCGCCGCUGAACCUUCUCUUCUUGUCCGCCUUCACAAUAGCCGAAUCCUUUUUACUGGCCAUAGCUGCGUGUCGCUUUGCUCCGAUGGAGAUUUUCAUAGCCGUUUUGAUUACGGCUGCAGUUUGCCUGGGACUCACUCUAUUUGCACUACAAACCCGGUACGAUUUCACCAUGAUGGGCGGCUUCCUGUUGAGCUCCCUGAUUAUCCUGCUGCUUUUCGGCAUCUUGACCAUUUUCGUGGGCGGUGGUCUUUUCACCUACGUAUAUGCCUCCAUCAGUGCUUUGCUGUUUUCCGUUUAUUUAGUUUACGACACUCAACUGAUGAUGGGCGGCAGACACAGGUACUCCAUAAGUCCAGAGGAAUACAUAUUCGCAGCCAUCAAUCUGUACAUGGAUGUGAUAAAUAUAUUCUUGGAUAUUUUACAGAUUAUGGGAGGAUCCGAUACAUAGGAAAUCCGCACAAAUCCCAAAAACAUGGCAUACUUUCAGGCAUUUAUCGGAUUAUUCCCUCCACUGACCCAACGCAAUGUCGAAAAUUAAUAAAUCAAAUUGUGCAGCAUCGA